CAGUUUUUGGGCUGCAGACAAUUCGCAGCAAACGAAGGACAGAGAGCGAAGCACACACCAUCAUACACACUCUCAGAUCACUAGAGAAUUCUCCCCGGUCAGAGCUCGCCGUGGAAACAUUUCAAAAGUCUACCGCUUCUCUCUCCUCCAUCAUACCUGCGCCCAUAUUCUUCUCUCGACCAUCUCCGAUUUUCACUGUGCCAUCCACUGUCUGACCGCGACAAUGUCGGACGCAACCGAAGUCAAACCAACCCCGUCUGCAGACCAAACUGCAUCCUCUGCACCAAGACUGGCCGAACAUGAAACCAAACUAGCCCAGAACCCAUUGGGUGAUCCCUCAACUGAGGCUCCCGCUGGUGAAGACAAGUCCUCCUCGGUGACCGAGACUGCUGCCAAUGCGGCCAGCACUGCAGCCAGCACAGCCUCUGCCGCAGCCACUGGAGUCAAGGACUCGGUUUUCUCCAUGUUUGGCGGGGGUGCAAAGAAAGAUCGCAAGGUCGAGGAGGAAGAUGAAGCAAAAGAUGAGCCGAGCGGCAGUUCCAAGGCAAAGAAAGACGAUAACGAAGAGGACAAGGCCGAGGAAGAAGAAGCUGAUGUCGAGUUCGAGCCCGUCGUUCGCCUCACCGAGAAGAUUGAUACAAAGACCAACGAGGAAUCGGAGGAGCAAACCUUCAAGAUGCGUGCUAAACUCUUCAAGUUUGACCGUGACUCAAGAGAAUGGAAGGAGCGAGGCACUGGUGACGUUCGACUGCUGAAGCACAAGGAGAACGGCAAGACAAGACUGGUCAUGCGACGUGACAAGACCCUUAAGGUCUGCGCCAACCACUAUGUGACCCCUGACAUGAAGCUCUCUCCCAAUGUCGGCAGUGAUCGCAGUUGGGUUUGGAACGUUGCUGCAGAUGUCAGUGAAGGCGAACCUGAGGCUCAGACAUUGGCCAUCCGCUUCGGCAACAGUGACAAUGCCAACCUCUUCAAGGAAGCUUUCAUCAAGGCUCAACAGGACAACGAGGCACUAUUCCAGAAGUCAUGAGUUGUUUGCAUCUGAGCGAUCACGGAAUGCUGUGUUUGUUGAUAUCAUGAUAUUCUGCAUGCGAACCUGGACCAUUCUAUGCAAAGUCGAAGGUGAAUGCGACUAUUUACGAAGGAAUAGGUUGAAGAUGAGCGUUGAUAACCCCGAUGAAAACUAAACCCCCAUAGUAGCUUCCAGGCUUAGAUAGAUGGAAGCCUGCCCCCAAGCCAGCAAUAAAUCUCGGCAAGAUUUUGUAAAGCUGCUGAAGG